AUGGUACUUCGUCGUAUCUUUCCUGCCAUGUACACGGCCAAAGAUAGUGAGCCGGCAAACUCAAAGAAUGGCACUCUUUAUCUUUUGCGUUGCGUCUUUUUCAUGGGUGUGAGAAAGCCACCGAAACGUUAUUUUCUCGCCUAUUGUCUAUGGUCGUUUGCCCUGAAUCUUUGUUCAACAUUCUAUCAACCGAUUGGCUUUAUGACCGGCUAUGUUAUCCAUCUAUCGGAAUUUUCGCCAGGUGAAUUUCUUACAUCGCUGCAGGUGGCCUUCAAUGCCUGGUCAUGUUCCACCAAAGUGUUGAUUGUUUGGUAUUUGGUGAACCGUUUCGAUGAUGCCAAUGAGAUUCUGGACGAAAUGGACAAGCGCAUUACACAGGACAGUGAGCGUAAAAGGAUACAUGAGGCAUGUUCCCUAAGCAAUCGCAUAUUUUUCUUCUUUAUGUCCGUCUACAUGAUGUAUGCCACAAAUACGUUUCUAAGUGCCAUUUUCAUAGGGAGACCACCGUAUCAGAAUUACUAUCCAUUUUUGGAUUGGCGUAGCAGUAAAUGGCAUUUGGCUCUGCAAGCUGGUCUAGAGUAUUUUGCAAUGUGCGGUGCUUGCUUUCAGGAUGUUUGCGUCGAUUGUUAUCCUGUCAAUUAUAUAUUAGUGCUUAGAGCACAUAUGCAAAUAUUUGCUGAAAGACUACGUCAAUUGGGCAGUGAUCCGCACGAGAGUGAGGAAGAGCGCUAUGAGAAACUGGUGCAAUGUAUUCAGGAUCAUAAGACUAUAUUAAGAUUUUGUGACAGCCUACGGCCUGUAAUCUCUGGAACGAUUUUUGUUCAGUUUCUAGUCGUGGGUUUAGUUUUGGGUUUCACUCUCAUCAAUAUUGUGAUGUUUGCCAAUUUGGGAUCUGCAAUUGCCGCCUUAUCGUUUAUGUCGGCUGUUUUAUUGGAGACUACACCAUUUUGCAUACUUUGCAAUUAUCUUACCGAGGAUUGUAAUCAAUUAGCUGAUGCUCUUUUUGAAUCCAAUUGGAUUGAUUACUCUAAGCGUUAUAAAAAUGCUUUGAGGCACUUUUUGCAUAAUCUACAGCAGCCCAUAACUUUUAUGGCGAUGAAUGUUUUUACAAUUUCAGUUGGCACCAAUAUAAGUGUUACGAAAUUCUCUUUUUCCGUUUUCACACUGGUAAAGCAAAUGAAUAUUGCCGAAAAAUUAUCGAAAACUGAAGAAGAAGUUGAAAAUUUAUAUUGA